UUGGGCACAAAAGAGCUCUGACUACACAGAGAAAGCCUGUAGACCAGGUAGCCAGGAGGGGAGCAAUAGGGCAAAUCUGAGCAGAGCCUCGGGAGGGUGGGCCUUUGCAGCCUCGCACUGCCAAAGUGGGUCUGGGAUACAUGAAGGUGGAGCACAGGCAGGACACAGGGACCAGCCUGAGUAGUGGUCGUCAGCCCUGAUACCCCUGCUCUGGACCUUAGUUUCCCUUCCCCUGACCCUCUGGCUCGUGCUCAGGGAUACCAUCCGCUUCACUGAACCCAUCUGUCUGAGACUUGCUCACAUCUUCCUCUUUUGUGACUGGAGGCCACAGGGCAAAGCACUAAGCCAUACAGUCACAGAGGGAACACAGAGCCUAAAGUUACAAAAGGACAGAGGGGAGAGCAGCAAGGGAAGCUUGGUGCCAUUGGAAGAGGGGAAGACGGGAGGGGCAGAGGUGCCCAGGACCAUGGCCGAGGCUGUCACUUACGCAGACCUGCGAUUUGUGAAGGCUCCCCUGAAGAAGAACAUCUCCAGCCAGUUAGGAAAGGACCCAGAGGCUGAUGAGGAUGGGGAACUCACCUAUGAGAAUGUGCAAGUGCCCCCAAUCUCAGGGGGAGCCUUGAGCUUGGCUGCCUCUGGACUAGGAGACAAAACCAGAGUCCAUUUGGAGCUGCCCACAGCGUCCUGGAGCUUCGUGACGUCACCAGCCGACAGCAGGCUUCUGGGCUGCUGUGCAGCCUGGUCCAAAUACCUCCUUCUGAGCCUGCUCCUCACCUGCCUGCUGUUAGGGAUGGCUGCCAUCUCCUUGGGAGUGCGCUAUCUGCAGGUGUCUCAGCAGCUCCAGCACACCAAAAGGGUUCUAGAAGCCACUAACAGCAGUCUGAGCCAGCAGCUCCGCCUAAGUAUCAACCAGCUGGGGCAGAGGGAACAAGAUCUACAGGGGGCCAGGAGGGAGCUGGCCCAGAGUCAGGAAGCACUACAGGUGGAACAGAGGGACUGCCAAGAUGUCAAAGAGCAGUUACAGGCCUGCCAGUCUGACAGGGAGAAGACAAAGGAGACCUUGCGAAGUGAGGAGGAACGGAGGAGGACCUUGGAGGAGAAGCUCUCCCUCCUGGGUCUGGCUGUGCUGUCACAUUCUUUCUUUUUUUUUUUAGAUACCUGCUGUCCUGUGGGAUGGAUACUGAACGAGAGGAAUUGCUUUCUCAUCUCACCUGUUAAAAGAAGUUGGAGAGAGAGCCAAAACUAUUGUAAAUCUCUGUCCUCCAACCUGGCUGUAGUCAAUGACUAUUUUUCAGAUCCUUAUCACAGCAGCUUAGGUAAGAUGUUAACUUCCAAUGUUUUGUCUGAUACACAUUGGAUUACCCUCAACUCUAAUAAGGACCAGCAGCGGACUAAUGGUGUAAAAGACUCUGGGUCUUAUGCUCAAAACCAAAGAUGUAUCAAGAUACAAAGCUGGUGGCCAAAAGUAAACUCAGCGGAGUGUAAUAAUCGUUUUCCGUGCAUCUGUGAGAUGGCAGCUUUUAGGUUUCCAGAUGGGGACCACUCUGUGCACUGAGCUGGGUAAGAGUGAGGGAUGGGACUGAGGCAUGGGAACCUGAGGGGAGUGGGACUCAGCAGGGGCCCAGAGGUCAGGGGGAAGCUUGUUCCUGGGAAUGACAGUCAUGCCCACAGCCUCCAGGCACUUGGUCUGCUUAUGUCAAGGAGGUUGCACAGGGAAGGCUGGGAGAUGAAGGGAGGCCAGUGAUGGGGUUGUCUAGGGAGUUGGGGAGACAGAGUGAGCUGGAUGAGGGUUUCUUAGUGACCAUCAACUUUGGGGUUCGCUGAUGCUUUACUCUUUCAGAUACUUAUGCCAAUAAGAGCCCAUGCCCCUCAUCUCUAAUCUGCAGCCUGCAGGUCCCAAGAUCAUCUCCCUCCAGCGUUUCCUCAUUCUUCUUGAACAGUGCCCGG